GUGAAUCCUGAGGAAACAGCAGCAGAGAAACGAACAGACGUCGCGUGAACAUCUAAGAACUUUGCCAUCCUGAACUCACCUGUUGACCCAUUACCACUUGUGGACUGCCAUACUGAUCAGAAACCACAAUGAUAUACCUAAAGAAGUACUUCACUGAAGGUCUGAUCCAAGUGGCCAUCUUGCUUAGCCUGUGUGGAAUGAGGGUCGACAUCGAUCUGGAUCCCUACCGGUCCACGUCUUGGCAAGAGAUACUUUUGGGUCCAACCUCGGCACUGACUCCAACACAGUUCCACAACCUCCAUAACCACCCGGAUGAUGGUCUUGGCCUGCAACCGAAGAGUGUGGACCUGGAUGGGUUCUUCACAGCCCGCAGACUGCUGGGCUGGGUCCGAUCUCUGGACAGACUGCAGGUUCCAAACACAGAGCUAGAGACAUGGCUGGUCCAUCGGGAACCAGAUCGCCUCCCUGUGCUUCCUCCUCGCCCGGUCUCCCCUCUGUGGAGGGCUCCUGCCGGUUCUCUGAUUGUGGAGCACCAGCUUGGAUGGGAUACCUCAGAGGAAGAGCAGUUACGUGAUGUUGUCACAGAUGUUGGGGGUAGACAGGAAGACUUACAUCAUCAGUCCCCAGGUGGAGAACAUGAACUGUCCCCAAUCAUCCACACCAAUAACCCCUCCUUCAACCUGGAGCUCCACUGGCAGGACCUGAUGGCCAUCAUGGAGCCUGAGGCAACUCGGUCUGAGGACACAGAUGUAGACAUGGUGACACCAUUAGAUAAUCCUCAGGACUCUGGACCUCAGAGAACCCUUCAAGAUGUGGACUCUGACAUUCUGCAUCAGCACUGUAACACUCAGGAAAUGAAUGUUCCAGAGGUCAACCAGGAUGGCAGUCAUCUGCAGCAUGAUUCAUUGGAGCAUCACCACCCGGACCAGGUUCUUCUCACCCCCAGUGCAGAAUUGGAGAACUACAGCUCAUCUUUUGAGACUCUGAAAAAUAUCUCUCCUGGUCCACAGGACCAAAUGGGUCUGUUUGUGGAAGACUUCUCAGAUGACUUCCAUAGGGAACUGGAUGCUGAAAACACCAAUGCCUUCAAUAUGAGUCUGCUAACACGUGAUCUUCUUGACAAUACAGAAAACAGCCUUAACAUCCUCUACCCUGAAGGAAUUGCUGGAUUCAAUGUGAACUCAGACUCCAGUUCUAUCACUUCUCUAGAGCUGAGUGGUACCCGUGACUUCCAGACAUCCCUCACCAGCAUCCAGUUGAUGAAUGACAAUGAAGACAAUGAUGAUGAUGGUCUACAAAGUCCAUUUAGUGAUCUCUUAGAAGAUUCUAGCAUCUUAGAUGAGAUUAGCUUGUUGGGUCUUGCUCUGGAGGAAGGCUUCAGCCCUGAGAUCCUUGCCAGUCUACAAGAGCAGGACUACCUUUCCCCUGAAGUGUCCCAAGCACAAUGUGGUCAGUUGAUCUGCAACAUUGCCACAAAGGAAGAAAGUGAUGACAAGAACUGGGAUGAUGGUGUGGCAGUCCAGGAAGAACGGGAUAAACCCAGGAGACACCAGCGAGGCAGUGAAAAUGAAACUGAUUCAGACUCUGGUCUAUCCCUGGACUUCAACCACAGCCCUGUUUCUCCAUGUUCCUCAGAAAGCUCCUGUUCUUCAGACACGUCUUUGUCCUCAGUUUACUGUGAGAGUUCCUUUCCUGAAGAUGAUACUGACGAAGGUUUAGUUGGCAAAAAUAUGGAAGUUGAGGUCAACAUAAAGCAAGAGGAAGAAGAGGAGGAGCUGGGAGCAGUAGGAGGCUACUCUGAUGAUGCUAAACUAUUCCCUCCUAUGUAUGGAGAUCAAAAGAUGUUCAGUGGAUUUCCCCGGUUGGAAUAUAUUGGUCAUAAUCACACAUACAUUCAACAUGGGUUCUCAACCUCCUUGCCUUCCAAAAGCAAUUUGCCGACUAAACACCCCAAAUCCACUAGACAACACAACAGCACCAAGCUGCACAUCUCCAACCACAUCUCCAAGACUCAAAUAUGGAGCCGGGAUGAAUGCCGAGCACGAGCAAUGAAGAUUCCUUUCUCCAUUGAACUAAUUGUUAAUCUUCCCGUAGAGGACUUCAGUGACCUUCUGGCCAAUUACCACCUCAGCAAGGAGCAGCUCGUGCUUAUCAGGGACAUACGUCGCCGUGGCAAAAACAAAAUAGCUGCUCAGAACUGCAGGAAGAGGAAGCUGGAUGUGCUGCAGGGAAUACAAGAUGACGUGUCAAGGUUGAAGCGCAUCCGUCUGCGGCUGCGCCGAGAAAAACGAGAAGCCCUGAAAACACUGGAGGAAAUGAAGCAGAGACUAGGCAGCUUGUAUGAGGAGGUCUUCUCCAACCUCAGAGAUAAGGAGGGGAGGCCACUGGACAGCACAGAGUACCUGCUUAAUUUUGGACCAAACGGUCAUGUGUCAUUGACUUCACGCCGACAAAGAGUGACAUCAUCCACAGACAAAAAAAACAGGAAGAAACAGAGAGACCAGAAGUGAGGAGGUGGGAAACCCAGAACUAUUAGAUAACAGAACUAAAGCACGUGACAAACCACUCUCAGCACUCUGUAAUGCUCCUUCAGUUCCACAGCUGUGUUUGCAGUUUAUGGGUUGUGGCACUGUGUGCACAGAAUUUCCACCCAUGUGAAAUGGGUGAUUCUCAGACACAAUCUUAACUUGAAGAACUUAUGAAAUGCUGAAAGAGAACUGCAACAGGUUCUUUUCUGUCCUGCUAAACAGAAGGAACUGCACUGACAACUACAGUUUGGCAUGUAACAUUCUACCUCUGCAAGUAGAGGCUGCUUGACUAGAUGGUCAUCUAACUAUCGCCAAACCACAUUAAGCUGCUGAGGGUCAAAGGGAAGACAGGAAUAAAGAACCUUCCCACAAGCGCAGGGAGGCUACACCCGGGAACCUUUUCAAACCAGAAGUCGUUUGAUAGCAUAGCUGGGCUUGGUCAGUGGAAGUGGUCCGGAUAGCAUGUUGUGGGCUCUAAGGAGACCCCUAUGGGUAGUAUGGGUUGCCUUUCAAGUGGCUCGCGAUGGUGUGUGUCUGCCACUAGCAGCAGCUGAGCCCUCCCCAUGGCUCUGCUAUGGGACUGUAAUCCAGGCAUGAAAGCGUCGCUGGCUCUUGCUCCAGUGACCAGUCCCAAGUGGGGGCAUUGACGCCCCUCUCUGUGGGGUUGUGCACUCUGUCAGUACCUGGAGAGGGGUGGGCAUGUCUAAGUCUAUUGUUAUUGUCUAAUAUUGACAUGCUGACUUUGUGCCCACGUGCAUUGUUGGUUGCGUGGUCUGCAGACCUCAUGAGCACUUCUCGUUUGGGGGCUGUGUGGCACCGAUACAACUCUUCGCUAUAAUUCAUGUUAUCACAUCUAAAGAUAUCUUUCACAAUCUGCACACACUCACAAUUCUGUAAUAAUUCACGAACCCUUUAUUAAGCUUGACACCCCCUCAAAUCUCUUCACUGUUGUUGUAGACAGUCAUAAUUUGCAUGUCACAGUAAUUGUAUUUUUGUAUGUUUAAUGGUGCUUUUAUGUGUCACCUCCUUAAUUCAUGGGGGCAGCAAAUCAUUGCUGUAAUAUUACUAACUGCAUAUCUUUAAUGGUAUGAGCCAGGUAUGACUGACACUAGAUGGAUAUACUCUUAUACAGACAAGGCAUAUUUAAAAGAUAAGCUUUAUUUUUAAUUAUUUUUUAAAUUAAUACUCUGACAGUCAGUUAUCUGCCACACCAGCUCCCAUUAUUUGGUUGAUGCUACUGUAUAAAUAUUAUUUUUGCAUAAACAUCCUGAAUAUUUCUAACUCCAUUGAAGAGGAAUAGUAGGAUUGACACCCCCCCCCCCCAUAGUUAUGUUUAAUUAUCUUGUUCCAGUAAUGCAGAUUUUAAUGCAUCCAGUUAAUUGUGCCAACUCCGAUCACUUGUUCAUAAACUGAAAAGUCUGUUUGACAGCUCAGUUAAUCAACCGAGGGCUCAGGAUGAUACUCAGGGUUUAUUGAACUUGCUAUCUGAAACAGGGUCAGAGGUCACCUGCCCUGCAUGUUUCCCAUGUGUACUUGCUGCAACCACAGCUGAUUAGUCAGUCUUGUUUCGUAACUCUUGAUUAUCUGAGCACACUUAAAUAACAGUGGGCCGAGUUGGAAACCCUGCAAGGCAGAUGACCUACAGGAGCAGGGUUAGAUGUAGGUUGUGCUGUCGAAGUCCUUGGUUCCAAGUCAGCUGUGGUAGUCAUGUAAUUGAUUAAUAAAAUGCUGUUAUUUGAAAGUUUAAUUUACUUCCUUUGGAAUUAGAACCCAGUGUGUAGCGUUACUCAAGUAUUUAGUUAUUUUGCAGAUAAUGCAAUUUGUAAAAUGUUUGGAUCAUUUGCUUGAAUUUGUGCAAAGCAGGUGUUCAUUAGUUCAUGUGGUGACUGUCAUUUACAAAUUUACACUGUUGUAUUUAAGACAUUAAUGGAACAUUGAAGCCCAUCUCACAUGUAAAAACUUUAAUGUGUUUUUGAUAAAGGUUUUUAUUUUUUGACA